GUUUAGGGAGAGUAGGGCACUCAUUCAAACUACAUAGAAUUCCAUUGGUUAAUAGGUAACUUUGGCCAAUCUUUAGGGUGGUUUUUUUUUUUUUUAAUACAAACGAUAGUCUAAACUAUAGAGGAGGGGACUUUCGAACAUGUGACCUAUAAUCUACAAAUCAAGGUCAUUUUCCACUGGGCUAAACCUCGUUGGCCUUUAGGGUGGUGUUUGCCUCCAAAUAAGCUGUGAUUGCUCUCUUUGAUUCAUUGUUAUAUUAUAUGAGAGGGAUCAAGAAAAUUUAGACCACAGAAUUAAUGUGGAGCUUGUGAUGCAAGAAUGGCAUGGGACUUCAGCACUUUUGCCUGACUUGCCUAAUUCUAACCACAGGUUAAACCAUUACAUUUUUGCUUUUGACUUUGUUCACUUCAUAAAGAAUAAGAUUUACUAGACCACAAGCGUAGGAUGGCUUACCUUCUCCCAUUCAUACUCUUGGAACCCCCAACAGUUAUUACAUGUAUACAUUCCCUAUAAAAUCUGGUGGCCAAAGGGGUUCUGUGCACUGAAGCACUGCUUGAUUUGAAAGGGAUGGAUCAGAAACUUGAAUCGGGCAAAGUUUGCGUUACUGGGGCUUCUGGCUUUCUGGCAUCUUGGCUUAUUAAACGACUUCUCUUGUCUGGCUAUCAUGUAACCGGAACUGUUAGAGACCCAGGAAACCAGAAGAAAUUGGCGCAUUUGUGGAGGCUGGAAGGAGCUAGGGAAAGACUCAGAUUGGUGAAGGCUGAUUUAAUGGAAGAAGGCAGCUUUGAUGAUGCAAUCUUGGGGUGCCAUGGUGUCUUCCACUCUGCUUCCCCUGUGCUGAAACCUUCAUCUGAUCCAAAGACAGAAAUCCUGGAACCAGCUGUUGAGGGUACAUUGAAUGUGCUACGUUCGUGCAAGAAAAAUCCGUCUCUAAGGCGUGUGGUUCUAACUUCAUCUUCUUCAGCUGUAAGGGUGAGGCCAGAUGAGGAUUUCGACUCCAAUAUACCGCUGGAUGAGUCGUCGUGGAGCUCUGUCAAAAUCUGCGAGACACUUCAGAUUUGGUACCCUUUAUCGAAAAUUUUAGCUGAGAAGGCGGCAUGGGAUUUCUGCAAAGAAAAUGGGAUUGAUUUGGUAACUGUUCUGCCCUCGUUCGUGAUCGGACCUUGUCUGCCAUCAGAUUUAUGUUCUACUGCAUCAGACGUACUUGGCCUGCUUAAAGGGGAAACAGAGAAGUUCAAGUGGCAUGGAAGGAUGGGAUAUGUUCACAUUGAUGAUGUUGCACUUUGCCACAUCUCAGUUUAUGAGCAUGAAAGUGCUCAUGGUCGAUACCUUUGCAGCUCAACAGUUUUGGACAACAAUGAGUUGGCUUCCUUGUUAUCCAGGCAAUAUCCUUCCUUACCUAUCCCCAAAAGGUUUGAGCAACUAGGCAGGCCAAGGUAUGAUUUGAACACCUCAAAGUUGAAGAGUCUAGGGUUCAAGUUCAAGACUAUCCAAGAGAUGUUUGAUGAUUGUAUUGCCUCAUUGGUUGAGCAAGGUCAUCUUACUCUCUAGUUACGCUAUCUCAAAUAUCGUGUUUCGGCAAAGUUCGAGUUCAUGUUAUCAAUACUUUAUCAAUAAAGUUUUGAGAAUUUUCUCACCUCGAUAAUGCGUAGCGCUUACUAUCUUGAGAAUUUUCUCACUUCAUGUAGAUGAACAGAUACCAAGUUUGAAUUCCAAAAAUAAUUAGAAAAUAAAAACUUGCUUUUGAAUA